AUGAGUCUAGGCUUUGAUCUCUCUGUUCUGGAAGAGCUAACGUCAAAUGCAAAGCAAAUACAAGAUGAUGUAUUGACCAAGAUACUUAAAGCUAACGCAAACACAGAGUACCUCAGCCGUUUUCUCGAAGGUAGCUCCGACAAAGAGCUGUUCAAGAAGAACGUACCGGUGGUGAGCUAUGCAGAUGUUAAGCCUUAUAUCGAUCGUAUCGCAAACGGAGAACCCUCGGAUAUCCUUUCGGGUGAACCCAUUACGGCGUUUAUCCUAAGCUCUGGAACUUCAAGUGGGAAUCAAAAGAUGUUUCCAAGGAACAAUAACUUUGAGAAUAUUAAAUUCGCCGCUGCCCUAAGCUCUCUAGUUAUUUCCAAGCAUGUACAUGGUUAUAAGCAAGGAAAGGUGAUGAUAUUUAGUUUCACUCAGCCGUUAUCCACAACUCCUUGUGGUUUGCCUCUUGCUCCCGCGACAACGAUCUUGCUGAAGAGCAAAAAUUAUAGGAGCCCGGCAAAAAAUAGUACAAGCCCGGACGAGAUCAUUCUGUGUACGGAUGCGAAACAGUGUAUGUACUGUCAACUCCUAUGUGGUCUUGUCCACAGAGACGAGGUCGUAAGUGUUGGUGCUCCCUUCGCUUCUCUAUUAGUUCAAGUAAUCCAUUUUCUUGGAAAUUACUGGAAAGAGUUGUGCAGUAAUAUCAGGUCCGGUCAUGUCAGCGAGUGGAUCACUGACCUUAGUUGUAGAGACUCUGUCUCUAUGAUCCUUGGAGAGCCAAAUCUUGAACUGGCAGAUCUAAUCGAAAACGAAUGCGGACAAGAAUCUUGGCAAGGUAUAAUUUCAAGACUUUGGCCCAAAACCAAAUGCAUUGAAGCUAUUGUUACAGGAACUAUGGCUCAGUACAUCCCAGCACUGGAGUUCUACUCUAAUAAACUGCCUCUAGUUUCCAGAACUUAUGCAUCGUCUGAAGCAUUUUUCGGUAUAAAUGUGAAUCCGCUAAGCAAACCACAACAUUUGUCCUACACAUUCCUACCCAACAUGUCAUAUUUUGAGUUCAUAGAUGUUGAUGGCGAUGGAGAGAUUGUUGAUCUUGUGAAUGUGAAGUUAGGUGGCUACUAUGAGCCCUUGGUCACAAACUAUUCUGGUUUACACAGAUGUAGAGUGGGAGAUGUUUUACAAGUCACUGGAUUUUACAAUAACACACCUCAAUUCAGAUUCGCACGUAGAAAAAAUACGGUUCUAAGCAUCUAUGUAGAGCCAACGACCGAAGAAGAUCUUUUGAAGGCGUUGACUAGUGCAACAGUCGUUCUUGAAUCUUCCGAUUUGAUUUUGACGGGUUUCACAUGCUUUGGUGAUGUCUCCACUGUACCGGGUCACUAUGUUUUUUACUUGGAACUUAAAGCCAAAGUCAACAAUAGCACUGGUGAUCUACUACUUGACAACAAGUUAUUGGUGGAAUGUUGUUGUGCCAUGGAAGAAUCAUUGACUAGUAUUUAUAGGCACUUUAGGGCAAAAGAUGGAUUUAUUGGAGCUCUAGAGAUAAGGGUUGUGGAACAAGGAACGUUUGAUUCUCUCAUGGAGUAUUAUGUCGUCUCACGAGGUUCUUCCAUAUCUCAAUACAAGACACCUAUAUGCAUAAACUCUGCUGAGGCAUUAGAGGUUCUUGAAGAGAAGGUUCUUGCUCGGUUCUUAAGCGACAAAUCCCCUCCUCUCUGA